AUGGAAGACGUGGGGGCUUUGGUGGCGGCUUACUCCCGCGGCCUGGCUGGGGGCCUCGGCGUGACCGUGUGCGCCGCCGCCGGCGGAGUCUUGCUUUAUAAAAUCGCGCGAAGGACGAAGCCCACCCACACGACGGUCAACUGCUGGUUUUGUAACCAGGACACCGUGGUGCCGUACGGGAACCGCAACUGCUGGGAUUGCCCGAAUUGUGAGCAGUACAACGGAUUUGAAGAGAAUGGAGAUUACAACAAGCCAAUCCCAGCUCAAUACAUGGAGAAUCUAAACCACGUGGUUUCUGGGGCGGGAGCCUUUUACGACCCCACGAAGCCUCAGCAAUGGGUCAGCAGCCAGCUUCUCCUUUGUAAGAAGUGUAACAAUCACCAGACCAUGAAGAUCAAGCAACUGGCGUCCUUCAGCCCCAGAGAAGAGGGCAAAUACGACGAAGAAAUUGAGGUCUACAAACAUCACUUGGAGCAGACCUAUAAGCUUUGCCGGCCCUGCCAAGCUGCCGUGGAAUAUUAUAUCAAGCACCAGAACCGCCAACUUCGGGCCCUUCUCCUCCGGCACCAUUUUAACAAUCGGAAAAGUGACAAGACUUACAUGCAGAGCUUUUACGCCUCGGCUUCUGCAGGGAACACCACCCCAUUACGCGUGAUCCUUCUGCGGUUCCUGGCGUUCCUCAGUUGCGCGAUUCUCGUGGUGAUGGCCCUAUAUGGGUCAGGAGACCCAUUUUUCUCAGGAUCUGCUACAUCGCCGGUUCCACCAAGCCCAGGUCUGUCGAGGAACAAGACCGGGCCACCGCCACCACCGCUGGUGACCCUGCCACGUAACGGCACCUUCCUGGAAUCGAUGGACUGGCAGGAGGCUAUCCAGUCACUCUCAGCGCGGGCCAUGGAGAUCCUGGAACUUGCCUGGAUCUACGGGAAGAACCACCAGAUGGCCAUGGUUGUGUUGGGGCUCUUCACUUGCAUCCUGGCUAUGUUGCUGGCAGGACGGAUCAGGCUCCGACGCAUCGACGCCUUUGCGGCCUUCCUGUGGCUGCUGCUGAUGGGCUUCCACUUGGUAGAGACGUAUCUGCAGGUGGACAUCCCCAGCUGGGUGGAGACCGCCAAGUUCGGCACCACCUCCCUGUGCUGCUUGGUGGGGUUCGCCGCCGCCGUGGCCACGCGGAAGCCCGGGGGCCAGUGGAGACCUCGGCCCCGAAGGUUUUCCUCAGGAGACCCGGUGGCCAUGUUCCCCAGCAGUGCUGAGUUCAGCUUUGCCUAUCCUUCUGCUCCCCUUCCUUUCGCCCCCACUCCUCCCAGUAUCCUCCAGUUGAACCAGCGGCUCUUCUGCUCCCCCCGUCGGACGUCGUCCUCAUCUCUUCCUGGACGACUGAAUCGGGCCCUUUCACUCGGCACCAUUCCUUCCCUGGCCCGGACUGAUUCAGGCUACCUGUUCAGCGGAAGCCGCCCGCCCUCGCAGGCCUCCUGCCCCAAGGACUGGGCAGCAUCAGAAUAUUUCUCGGUCCUCUCCGGAAGCUGCGUGCCGUCUCCGGCACCCUCGCCGGCACCGUCGGUGACCGGCUCGAUGGCGUCCAGCUCCAGUUCUUUGCGGUUCCGCCGGCCUCUGAUCAGCCCCGCCCGGCUGAACCUGAAAGGACAACAGCUGCAGCUCUUUAUGGGACAAAGCAAAUUCCAUCGGGGGGAAGAUUUCGCCCCCUUGGAAAACGGCCCCUUUGCUCCGGAUCGGUCAGUCUUUCCCAAAAUGCACUUCGGGGAGCUGAGCUCACCAGGUACGCACCAUGUGACCGCUGUGGUCGAAGGCAGCAGCGUCUCCACCGAGGAUUCAGGGAAAAAGCGAGACAAUUCGUCACACUCGUCAAACUGUGUGGUCGACACCACGACGAAAGAAGAACCUUCGGGCUGGAAGGGAUGCUUUGGGAAUCUGCUUCUCCGAGGUCUCCUGGCCCUCAGCCUGACGGCCAACGCCAUCUUCACCUCCGCCUACCUCUACCAAACAUUGCGAUGA